CUCCAAUCGGAGCACUUCGGUCAACUGCCUCCAUUUUGUGUUGGCGCCUGGAUUUCCGGGUUCCUUCGAUCUGGGCUCGCUGAAGCUCUGAAGGAAACAGCGGCCCUGCUCACUCGCUCGCUCGCUCGCUCGGCCGGGAGGAAAUGUUAGACGAGCUGGAGGUUGUUUUUAGUAUGUCUGAAGCGGCCUGCUGCUGACAUAUCUAACUUUAUCAGUCUUUAGCUGAGAGCAGUAAGUUUGGGAGCUUGAGCUCAGUGAUUCGCCGCCUCCGUGCCCCGCUGGCGGGUAGAGCAUGAAGCUGUCUGCGAUUAGAUAACGCUACUCGGUUGCCAGUUUUGCUGUUGUAGCCGGUCAGUCAGUCCCAUAUUUUGCCGGAGCCUUCUGACUGCGCCUUGGUUUCUUCAAUGCUGUUGGAGACACGAACCGCUCAGUAGCUGCGGAGCCUUUGUGAGCCAGGAAAACAACUUGCUGAGAUUGAAGCGACAGUUGGUAUUCUCAGGGAAGCACCAAGAUGCCCAUUCCUCCUCCCCCACCCCCUCCUCCUGGACCUCCACCUCCCCCUUCCUUCAGCCAGGCCAACACUACCCCACCCAAGCUCUCUCGUGAUGAAGCUAAAGGAAGGGGAGCUCUGUUGUCAGAUAUAUGCAAAGGGACCAGGUUGAAAAAAACCACUGGAGUCAAUGACAGGAGUGCACCCGUUCUUGAGAAAUCUGGAGGAGGAGGAGGAGGUGGAGGGGGCAGCAGCAGUGGCGGAAGUGGAGGGGGGUUUGGUGGCAGUUCUGGACCUAUGCCAAUGGGAGGCCUGUUUAGUGGAGGAGUGCCUAAACUACGACCAGUGGGAGACAGCACUGCUGGCAGAUCAGCACUGCGGCCGCCUGGUUCUCGUCCUGCAGUACCACGUAUUGGCGACUGUGCUCCCUCACCUGUGGGACAUCAAGCAGAUGAGGAUCGAUCCUCGCCCCCUCAGCAGACUCGUAACCCCCGCCCCUCAUUGCCUGACAUCUCCAAAGCAGCCAGUGCUGUGAAACCCAGCAGCUCUGCUCCACCUCCCCCUCCACCUUUUAAUCGCAAACCCAAUAAUGCCCCUCCUACAUCUCAUCAGAAGGUCUCUGGCCCUUCCCAUAAUCGUGAGAAGCCCCUCCCACCCCCGCAUGCAAACAAGGCUCCUCCCCCUCCGUCGCCUGCACGUGACAACGCGGCAAGAAACCCUCUUUCAUCUCGACCUCUAUCUGGAUCUUCCUCUGCACCGCCGCCACCCCCACCUCCUUAUCGACAGCCCCCUUCUGUAACUAAUGGUGACCCGCCCCCUGAGCUGCCACAGAGGCGUAACUCGCUGAGGAGGAACCAUGGCAAUGUUCGCAGCCAAGCCCCACCUCCUCCUCCACCACUUCCAUCACAGCAGAGUAGUCGCCCCCCACCACCAGCACGAGACCCUCCAGGACGCAGAUCAGCCCCCCAGGCUCCCUCCUCUGGAUCUCGGAAUGGCACCCGAGAUGUGCCUCCCCCUCCUCCCCCAUAUCGCAUGCAUAGUGGAACAACGCAAACCUCUUCUGAACCACCCAGCCGAGGAAGGGCUCCUCCACUUGUUUCUACUGGUCGCCAACCUUCAGGACACGCGGUUCCGCCCCCACCUAUCCGCAAUGGACACACCUCUGUCUCCAAGGCUUUUACAGAUGAUUUUGAGUCGAAGUACUCUUUCCAUCCUGUUGAGGACCUGCCCCCACCAGAAGAGUAUAAACAGUUCACUAAAGUCUAUCCCAGUAAAACAAAUAGAGGUAUGAUGAGAGGAGCUCCUCCACUGCCACCUGUUGGAAGGUGAACUGCACUCAGGAAGGAAAAUGACAAAAAAAAAAAACUCUAAUCCAACUACACACAUGCACACUAAUACAGCUGUACACUCUCAAAACAGAUGUGUUUAAAAAAUACACACUGUGUUUCAACACAUGUGGGGGCACACUUAAGGACAACAUGGUUUAUGCUACUUUCAAAACAGUGUUUUCUUAUUUAACGCAAGCAAUACAUUGCGAUUUUGAACACUAAGUUGUCUGUUCCACAUAUGCUGUAUAAUAUAGUCAUGAAACAAAAUUGUGUUAAUUAACACAUCAUUUUUGAGAGUUUACUAUGAGAAUAGCUGACCUCGCCACAAAAAUAAACAUAUCUUCAUGUCUUCAAUAACAUAUCCGGUGAAGAGAAGUGCUGGGCCUUACAAAUCACCUUUUGUUAGAAUAAUAAAGAGCUGUACAGAGAGGGUGCCCAAACUUUUGCACACACCAUAUGCAUAUUUUAAUAACUAAUAAAAAUGCUAAUAAACAGUAACUAUGCAUUCAACUAUGCAAAUGAAGUAUACACACACAAUGAGUCAUGUGACCAUGCUGUACAAGGGUUUUGCACAUCCAAACUAAGCCCAAGACUACACUACAUAAGGUUAUUUUCAUCUCUGAAUCAACAAUGGUGAACUUUGAUUGAUCAGUCAACCUAUUCCAAGACUGAUUUUAAUUCAUGUGAAACUGACCCUUUUUCUUCAAAAACCUUGUUGUGCCUGUAGAGGACCUUGUGGAAAUACACGUGACCCAGGAGUUAUUUUUAUGUAUGUGCAUUCAAUUUUCUAACGUGCACAUUCUUUGCCACAGAAUGGCAUCUACUAAAUGGACCAUUUUGUUUAGCACCUGUCUUUACACUAUUAGGAGUGUAAUGAGAGAUUACUUAAUGAAUUAAGUAGACAAUCAUUGCAUAAUGAGGAAAGACUGUUAUUGUCUUACAAUCACAGUUAUUUGUUAUUCCAUCACAUACUGUUCUCCAAUAUGACAUUAGGUGAUAUUGAACUUGGAAAUGAUUCUUUUGCCAAUAUUAUGGGGCUAUAAACUUCUUAAUUUGUCAUAUAGGCAAUGUGGCCUCUGUCUAGAGCCAUUCAUUCCAUUUGGAUCACUAAACAGUGAUCCAACAUGAUCUACAGAAAGAGUGCAAAAUGCAUUUUUUUUGUUUGUGAAGAAGGGAAAUUUCUUUCCAUGAUUUAUAUGCAUUAAACGUACCAGAUUCUUAACCACUCCUUUAGUACUAAGUGCCACUAAGACCACAGUAUCUAUAUCAGGAGGCCCUGCCAUGUCUUUGAAUGGUCUGCUCAUGAAUAUGUGGUGCUGCAAAAUGUGAUGGUUAAAAUACAGCACCUUAGUCCUGUCAGUAAUUAUUGCCUUAUGAAUUCCUCUGGAAAUCACAAAUUUGACUGGUACCAAUGCUUUUUUUUCUCUUUGAUAAAACGCUAGCUUGCUAAUGGAGAAAUUUAAAUGUCAUAAUCUAUAUUACAUUAUAUUGAGUGUAGUUAAAGAUUUUUAUUGUAAAGUUUUGUAAUACAGAGGUUUAAACGUUGAAAAUAUAACAGUUUAUAUUGAGGAGACCAAACACAUUUCUUACCAGGUCCCUUUCCGUGACACGUUGAUCUUUAUGCAGCCUCUAAGUGGCCAGGGGAGGGCUGUUUGUUUUUCCUCUUUAUUCUUCUUGGCCUGUUGUAAUUUGAUGUAACCAUUUGGUAAUCAGUAUUACUGAGCUGCCAAAUGUACACAUUGAAACUAUAUGCUGACAUUUGUACGAUGGUCGUAAUAAAUUGAAAAUAAACGGUUAUGGGAA